UAAAAUAGGGUUUACUACUUGUUUUAUUUAGAUAGGCUUUAUUUUCUUACUAUUUUAAACUGAACAUGUAAUACGAUUUUUUGGCCUCAAGAUUGAAUAAACUUCACCAUGCAUCGAUGUUGACUGAAUGCAAACAUACAAUCAAGUUACCCAUGACCUCCAAAAAAAUUACAACACAUAUGACUUAAGGAAUACAUGGUUAAUAAUUUUAUACCUGGAUAGCAUAUUUAAUCUGCUCGAAAGUUCCAGAUUCUUGGAUAGUAAAGUUUCUUUAAAUUGACAUUGGGAAAUAUGUUGUCACAAAUGGAUAUGAAAGCAUGAUGUAACUUAAUAGGAUUUGGCUGUUUAGUCACUCAUCUCAUUUUGAUUGUAGUUGAUGAGUAUGGUGAAAGUUUAUCAGCAUGAAUCUUGACGAAACAAAAUGUCACCUAGAGCUUGCAAAUUAUGAAACUCAAAUAAGAAAUAGGGAUUUGGCAUCACUCAGAUUGCAAACUCGCGUCACAUCAAAAGUUCUAUCUGGAAAUGCAAGUGCGAAAAGCAGCGCGGAAAUGCAUCUCGUACCUCCAUUGAGACCAUCUAGUAGUACUGGUCAUGAAAAUCGAAACUUGUAUUGUCAAAGUCUUCCUGAAAAUGCUUUGCUUCAAAGACAAGUUUCUGGUAAUAAAAAUGCUAUCAACUCGUUAAGAAGUGCAGAAACUGCAUAUAUGCUUGCUACGGGAGAUAUAUUUGUUAAACCAACUGACGUCUUUAAAGCAAACAAUCCUGAAUCUAAUAAUAUUUCAAGACUCUCUAAAACUUUUAUUGAAAGUGGAGAAUUUCAAAAUGAUACAGCUUCAAAACAAUCUGUCACUAUUGGAAAUUUGCUACAAGACAUUGCAGUCACAAAUACCAUGCCCAGAACAAAGCAAUUAGUGACACCACAAAUCGGUAUGGUUGAUUCGCAUACAGAUAAAAUAAAAUACAGACAAUCUUACAAUGGAAGAAAUUAUAGUAGAAAUAUGAUGUCUGCUCAUGGUACUUUUUCUAGAGAUCUACUUUCUGGUAAAGAUGGAGAUUUCAGCAUCUAUUCCAGUAAUCUUCAUAAUCAACGAGUGACUCCUUUUUCAAAAUAUACAUUUGCGUCUAGGAAUGAUUCCAAAUUAUCAUCUCAUAGUGAACAAGGAUAUGGUAGAUUAAAAGGAUCUUCAAGGCGUCCUCCAUCAGCAUCAUCUUAUGCGAACUCUAGAGUACAAAAUAGUUAUGCUCAUAGAAAAUCCAAUCUUUCAGAAUUACCUCAUGAAAGAAGUUUACAGAUCACCACAAGUAGAACUGAAGAAAUGCUUAGUGCUGAAGAAAGUGUUCCAUCCAUAUCAUUCCGACAAAAAUUAAAAAGUUCCAAUGGCACAAGCCCAAUUUUAGGAGUUACGAAAGCUAUCCGGCAGCUUGGAAUUUCCGAAACGAAGAUGCAUGCAUCUAGCGUCCCUCAGACUGAUAGAAUGAAUUUUAAACAUCCUGAUGGUAAGAAACGCCGGCCUCAAACUGCAAAUUCGAAAAACAAGAAGCAUCUAGAAAGUUCACCUUCUGUUUCAUCACCAACUAGCAAUGGAACAGGAAAUUCCUAUUCUGAAAUACAUUCCAGACCUUUGGCCGAGAGUCCUGAUUUAUCAGAAAAUUAUAACGAUGAAGUCUCUGUACACAUGCAAGAUAAUGCAGAUAACGAAACAUUAGAAAGUGAUUUUGGAACAGAAGUGCCAGAGGAAUCUGGAUGUCAAGAUUCUUACUGUUUGGAUGAAGAUGAUGGAAACGACAUUGACUGCUCAGAUGACACAGCGAUAAGUUGCCUUGAAGAUGACAAUGCUGCAGAAACUGAGGAAAUUGAAAUGUUAGAUUCAGUUCGUACUUGUAAUUCAACUGAGGGAUUGGAAGAAGAGACUUUCAUCAAGCCUGCAAUGAUAGAUAGUUUAUUCAGCAAUUGCUCUUCUGUGAUUAACUUUGGUACCAAGCAUGAGAAAGUUGAACAACUUCCCGCCCAUUUUCGAAAACUAUUACGCUGGAAAAUGAGUCCGAUAACUCCAAUCGUUGUCAAGCACACUGUUGCAAGAUCAGGAUUUAAACCAUCCAAAAAACAUCAUGACUGGGUUGGUUACUUUGGAAAACACAUGAAAGCAAGUGGCUUUAGGUCGUUGAGGCAAUAUCAAAAAGUAAAUCAUUUUCCUGGAUCAUUCCAAGUGGGAAGAAAAGAUAGGUUAUGGAGGAAUUUAUCACGGAUGCAGGCAAAAUUUGGAAAGAAAGAAUUUGGAUUCAUACCACACUCGUAUGUUUUACCAUGGGACAAAAAAUUAUUGAAGUCAGCAUGGGAAGAAGGUGGCUCAAAACAAAAAUAUAUAAUCAAACCGCCUGCUUCAGCACGAGGUAUUGGAAUAAGAUUAGUUCACAAAUGGAAUCAAAUUCCAACAAAGAAACCUGUUCUCGUGCAAAAAUAUUUAUCUCGUCCGUUACUGCUCAACGGCUACAAAUUUGAUAUUCGUCUUUACGUUUAUGUUACUUCGUUUGAUCCUCUUCGUAUCUACCUCUUCGAUGAUGGCCUUGUGAGAUUCGCUACAGCUAAAUAUUCUUCUUCUACGAAGCAUUUGCCAAACAGAUAUAUGCAUUUAACAAAUUACAGUAUUAAUAAGCAUUCCGGAGAUUUCCAGCAAAAUGAUGAUGUCAAUAUUUGUCAAGGUCACAAGUGGAGUUUGAAAGCACUUUGGAAAUUUUUACAAACAGAAAAGGGGAUUAAUACUGACAAAAUAUGGCAACAAAUGAAGGAUAUUGUCACAAAGACUCUAAUAAGUGUUGAACAAUUUAUAAAUAGUCUUGUAAAAGCAAAUUGUAGAAGAAGGUCAUGUUGUCAUGAACUAUUUGGUUUUGAUAUUAUGCUCGAUGAUAAAUAUCAACCAUGGAUUUUGGAAGUUAAUAUUUCACCCAGUUUGCAUUCAAACUCACCAUUGGAUGUUGAAAUCAAAGGACAGAUGGUAUCAGAUAUGUUCAAUCUGGCUGGAUUUCAAAUUCCAGAUAAAAGAGAGCUCAUGAUCAAUACACAAACUACAAGUAAUGGAAUAGUUUCAAAUUCUGGUUCAAGCUUCAGUCAAGACAAGAGAAAAGAAAGUUUAGAAAUAACUUGCGAUACACGGGCCAAACAUACAUAUUUUGCUCGACAUUUUAAACAGUUUGACGAGAUUGAACUCAUGAUGAUGAUGCUUGAUGUUUUAACCGUAAAUGAUAUUCAAAUGUUAGUUGAAAGCGAAGAUGAAAACAGUAGAAGGGGAAGAUUUGAACGAAUUUUUCCAGGAGCCGAAGAGACACGGAAAUAUAUGCAUUAUUUUGAACAACCGCGCUACAAUAAUAUACUUUUACAUAUGUGGGAAUUAAAGUAUCAAAAUCAGAAACAAAGAGGAAUAUCUUUACUUGAAACAUUUUGUCGACGAGGUCUACAUUUAUUGGGGAAUUCAACUCAAAGUACUCGAUCUGUCCCUAUGGAACAUGUCUGGACGAUGUCAAGAACAAGCAAGCUAUUUUCCUCUCCAAGAACAGAUCCUAAAUAUCUCCCGUUAAUGAUCAAAUCUUCAGCGUCAAUACCUUCACUUUGCUCAAACACAAGUUCAACAUCUAUAGUUUCAUUACCCAGAAAACUAUCAUCUGCUAGAAAAUGGAACUCUGUGAGUACAGUGACUUCUGUUGAAGCCAAACUAAGUGCCAGGAGUGUGAAAUAAUUUAUUGCUUAUUCUAAUAUUACUUGCUAUUAUUCACUGAACAUAAAAAGAAAUCAACAUUUCAAGCUUUUGUGAGUAUGAAGAUAUACAGCAUAAUACCAGCUUUAUUUACCUCUCAUUUAUAGUUGGUAUAUUUUAUAUACACAUUUUGGGUGGUUCAUUUGAAUGUGCAUACAUCAACGCUGUUGUACUAUUUUAAAUACAGAACAGUUCAGCAAUCCUUUUGUGCAGAGGAACUGUAAAUGGAGUGAGUAGAGGUUGUGUACUGAAAGAUUGAAUCUUUAUUCUGUAUGAAUGCAUUAUGUAUUGAAAUACCUCCUGAUUAUUUUGACACAUGCUUUACGUUGCUAGAGAUGGUUCUUCACUGUUUUCAUACUAUAAAAAAACUACUUUGUAAGUUUAAUUACCUAUGGCCUAUUUUUAGUAAGAAAACUUGAUAUCUGGCAGUUUCUGAAUCACUGCUUAUUUAAAUAAUCAAAAUAUUUGAGAAAUUUCAGUAAGCAAUUGAAAAAUCACAACAUCCAAAGUUAACAGAAGUAUGCUCUUCAAACUAUUGUUACGUCAAAUAGUUGGUCCGGAAAACCUCAUGAAAUUUGGCAAUGUCUAUUAAUAAAGUUUUCAAACAGCGUAUUUCGUAAAUGAGAAUGUAUAUGAUGUUUUCAUGAAUCAUCCUGAAUUGCCAAGAAUCAGUAAAGAUUAGAUGCAUACCAGUAGUAGAUCAUAGAUAGGAAAUUAUAUGCAGGUAAUUUUAAUAUAGCAUUACAAAUUUUUGAAUGUCAUAUGAAUGAAUUUCCAUAAAUGGAUAGCAAGUCACUCAGUGCCUGUGAUAGAUACUUGUUCAUGUGGGCAUCAUGUUGGCGAUCAUCUGCUGUAUAUUAAAUAUAGUAGGACUAUAUCCUAAACAUUUUUAUUGCUAUGAAGUUUUUUUUAAUAAGCUGUUUUUUGUAACACUGUGCCAACAUCGUUUUUAAAGCAUUACCAAUCUUUAAAAUUAUACAUGGUUAACCUUAGAUUAUAUGACAAAGUUUUUUAGUACCUUGACUUGUGCUUCCUUACACUUAAGUGGAUCAAAAAGCAUUUUGUUGCAAUGGAUUUGAAUGUAUUAUUGUUACUGUGGGUAUUUUUUAAAGAUUUAUUCGAUAAAAAUCACCUAAAAAUUUCAUUCCCAGCAAUUUUAUUUUGUCUUGCUGUUUUUUCGUUCUUUUAUACUUUAGGCAAAACUGUGUAUGCACAAUGUGUAUUUUUUAUAUGAAAACAGCCUAUUUUAUACAUCUGCCUUUUCUCUUUACUGCCGCACAGUUGACAAGCAAUUGUAAAAUUUUAUAAUUACUCAUGUGCAGUGUGUACGAUUGCCAUAUAUUUUUCUGAUAGGACCCUGUAUCUAAUAAAUAUUUUCAUUUUAGUUGGUUUAGGGAUUUAUUGGGAUAAUCGCUUCAUGGACUUUUCUCUUAUGUCAGAAUGAUUCAUGCAAGGAACAAAAUUUUGAGAAAAAUUUGCGAGUAACCGAUCUU